GUUACGUGUAGUUCAAGUGAAUACCCAACACAUUCUUGCGUUGCGUUGUUGCGUGCGUUAAUCUCAAUUCACUCUCUCUCUCUCUCUCUCUACAUCUCAUACACUUGCUCAAUUUUCUACUUUGGUUUGGUACCAUGAUGUUGUUGUUUACGAUGCUCUUUCGCAGUUUUUGUGUGAGAUUUUUAUGAAUGGGGUUUGUUAUCAAAAGAAGGAAGAAAGAAGAAAAGGGAUUAAAAGGAGAGAUGCGAAAGUCUUUCAAGGAUUCUCUUAAAGCUCUUGAAGCUGAUAUCCAUUUUGCCAAUACACUAGCUUCGGAUUAUCCAAGUGAUCAGGACGGAGCCUGCCUUCAAAUGAGAUUGUCCUAUAGCUCGGCUGCCCAAUUCCUUCUUUUUUUUGUUCAGUGGACUGACUGUCACCUUGCUGGAGCCUUAGGAUUGCUUAAAAUUCUUAUAUACAAGGCCUAUAAGGAUGGGAAGACAACCAUGUCUAUUUAUGAAAGAAAAGCCAGUUUGAAGGAGUUUUAUGGUGUGAUCUUUCCCUCUUUAUUGCAACUUCAGAGAGGAAUCACUGAUGUUGACGAUAGGAAACAAAAACAUCUGUGUGCUACUAGGUACAAGCCUAAAGAUUUAAUAAUCAAAGGAAAAAGCUAUGAAAUCGACAUAGAAAGAGAAGAAGAAUGCGGUAUUUGCAUGGAGAUGAACAGCAUGGUUGUACUGCCAAGUUGCAAUCAUUCAAUGUGUAUGAAAUGCUACCGCGACUGGCAUGCAAGAUCUCAAUCAUGCCCUUUCUGUCGGGACAGUCUUAAAAGAGUAAACUCUGGUGACCUUUGGAUCUACAUGAACAGCAAUGAAAUGGAUGAUCUUGAUUCAAUCAACAAGGAGAAUUUGAAAAGACUAUUUUUGUAUAUAGAAAAGUUGCCUCUUGUUGCUAGACCUUAUAUUCACAUCAUAUCAUCACAACUUCUUGUUGCCUCUUAGUGGAAAGCUUAUUCAAACUUAUAUUUGUAAAUACAUGUUUCAAUGUCAUUACAUUCCCUUGAUAUAUACUCAUUUAAUUUCAUUGGAAUUAAAUUUAAGAGUUCAUAGUCCAAAA